CGCUGCUGUGGAGACGGCUGCGGCGAGGAUGGGGCGGCCAUGGCCCGGGCAGGCGGUAGCGCGGGCGCGUGGGGCGCGGGGGGCGCCGGCGUGGCGGAGCCGGGGGAGCUGUCCCUGGAGGCGGUGCUGAAGGCCUAUGAGCAGCCCAUCAACGAGGAGCAGGCGUGGGCCGUGUGCUUCCAGGGCUGCGGCGGGCUGCGGGGCGCGCCGGGCACCGGGCGCAUCCGGGACACAGCGGACCUGCUCCUGCGCGGGGACGGCUCGGUCAGCGCGCGGCCGGAGCGCAGCGCGGAGGAACCUACAACAAUGGUGGUAUCACCGGCCAGCUGGGAAGCCCAGAUGGUGCAAUCACUGGGCUUUGCCAUCUACCGGGCCCUUGACUGGGGGCUGGAUGAGAGUGAGGAGCGGGAGCUUAGCCCACAGCUGGAGCGGCUCAUUGACCUCAUGGCCAACAAUGACUGUGAAGAUGGAGCUGGUGGAGCAGAUGAGGGCUAUGGGGGCCCUGAGGAGGAAGAGGAGGCUGAGGGUGGCCCCCGUGCUGUGCGCACCUUUGCUCAGGCCAUGCACCUGUGCGCAGCACGCCUGACUGACCCCCGGGGUGCACAGACCCACUACCAGGCUGUGUGCCGUGCACUUUUUGUGGAAACACUGGAGCUGCAGGCCUUCCUGGCCAGGAUCCAUGAGGCCAAAGAGAUGCUGCAGAAGCUUCGGGAAGAUGAGCCACAGUCAGAGAAGCCGUUGGCAGAGCUUGACCAUCUGGGGCACACGGACUGGACCCGACUCUGGGUCCAGCUUAUGAGAGAGCUCCGCCAUGGAGUAAAACUCAAGAAGGUGCAAGAACAAGAGUUCAACCCCCUGCCCACUGAGUUCCAGCUCACUCCCUUUGAGAUGCUGAUGCAGGACAUUCGUGCCAGGAACUACAAGUUGCGCAAGGUCAUGGUGAGCUGGGGUGGGGUCUUGAUGAACAGGGAGGACUCAUUGAGGCCAUAG